GUUCUUACGCAAUACACUUAGUUACUCAUCACACAGUCUUCAGAGAAAGCAACAGAGUCAAGGAGGAGAGUAAAAGAACAUUUUUAAGAAUGGUUUAAUGGUGGCAAAUUAAAUAAAAGAGAUAAUUUUAAGGUUUGGCAGCUUCCUGGUUGUUGAAGCCAAACUUACAUUCUUAGAAGGAAUUUGUCUUUGGGAUCCACUAUGAACACCACCACCACUAUCCUCUUCCAGCAGCCCUCCUCCCCUGGCUCCACAUCCCUGCCUAUAAGCAUCUCAGCUCGCAUUGGCAUCGCCAUCCUGACCCUGGCUUUUGUGCUGGGCUUCCCUGGGAACAUAUUUGUUAUUUGGUCGGUGCUCUGCCGGGUGAAAAAGCGCUCAGUGACGUGUUUGUUGGUGCUGAAUCUGGCUGCAGCUGAUGCCUUCGUGCUGCUCAGUGCCCCUCUGUUCCUUCGGUACCUGGCAGGAGGACGGGGCUGGGAGUUUGGCUCGGCAGCGUGCAAACUGGUGCAUUACCUGUCUAGUGUGAAUAUGUAUGUGUCCAUUUACCUCAUCUGUCUGAUGAGCAUGGACCGCUGGUUGGCUGUCACAAGACCUUUUGUGUCUCAGAGAAUGAGAACCAAGCGCUCCAUGCUGUUUCUUCUGCUUGGUGUCUGGAUGUUGGCUUUUAUCCUGUCACUGCCAAUGCCUUUCUACCGUAGUGAUAUAAAGAUCAUGAAAAACAACUUCAGUGUGCAGCUUUGCAUGCCAUACCACUGGGGGAGUGUAGGUCACCGAAUCUUCCAGUACCUGUUUGAGACCACCAUUGGCUGCUUGGUUCCCUUCUCACUCAUCAGCACCUGUUACUCCUCCGUUAUAUGCAGACUGCAAAGUGCCAAGUUCCAGCGUAGAGGACAAAGCAGUCGUCUAAUCCUGCUCAUCAUCGUUGCCUUUGCCAUAUUCUGGCUGCCCUAUCACAUUGUCAACAUCAUUGAGGUGGCGUGUUUAUUAAAGAACAGUGAGUCAGUAACCAACUGUGUUCCCAGAGCCCGCCCCAACGUUACAGCCUUUGCCUACUUUAGCAGUGCGGUCAAUCCCCUCCUCUAUGUGUUCGCUGGGAGCUCCCACAUCCGCCAGGCUGGACUCAGCUUCAUGGGCAGGUUAUUCGAGGCCACCAACUCUGAGAGCAGGAGCUCCACCUUCACCCGCAGCGGCCGCAGCGGCUCUUCACCGGACGAGAGCUCUGUCCUGCACACGCUGUCAAUUAAAAUCGGAAGGCCUUUCAAAGGACAGGGCAAGGAAAGAAGCAGUAGUGUACCGGGCAAAGAAGCCAACGAGCCAGAGCUCAAAACACUUGCCACUGUUGAACAGUUAGAGUAGUAUGCAUUAUGUAUUUGUACGUAUUAUAAAGAGAAAAGUAGCUUUUUAUUUAAUUUAACAUUUACUUCUACUGAGUCUCAUUGUUUUAGGUUAAAAUUGAUCAAUGUUGCAUUAUCCUGGCCUAAAACACCUUAAAUUUUAUCUGCAUCUACUGAAAUUCAAUGAGAAAUAGUAAUACUGUAAAGGCCUUUUUUGUGCUUUAAAACGGGACCUUAUGUGAAACUCAAACAGUGAUAACAAAAUAUUGUAACUUUAUAUAGAAUUGAUUUCAUUAGAAUUGUGAACAUAAAGGUAAAAUUACUUGUAUUAUUUAAACCUGUUUUAAUAGUAGCUAUCAUCCCAAACCUUUCAUGUAUUUAUUGAUAAAUGUUCUCAUUUGAAGUUUUUACAUUUUCUUUUGCAUAUUCAUCUUAUAUUUGAGUUGCUCUAAUGUUGUUUAUAUAAACCUGGAAAAAGAUGAAAAAUCGCAUGCAUUAUUGGUUUUUAUCACAUUUUAAUAACAACAAUAAACCUUUCUCAAGAUC